AGCAGACGCUGGGAUGCUCGCCCUGUCGGUGGGUCCUGGAAGUGCUCUGGGUUAUGAGGACUGUACCAGCAUUAGGUUUUAAAAAAAGAGCUAAUGACUACCCCGAGUCCCGACCCUGCAGCCCAGCCAGUAGAGUCGAGGAUCCGAGGAGACAGGUCCACCCGCUAGGUCCCCGCAGGACGCUUCGCUACGGACUAGCUUUUACUGCUACUUUUAGUGGAAGUCAGACUGCCGAAGGGAGAAAUAGGCUUUUAUGAAUUUGGACUCUCGACUCGGUGCUGCAACUUUGUUUCUGACUGCUUUUGACUGGACUGUACGAUUUCGAAAAGGCUAUAAACACGGUACGUUUUUAAUGGACGUUAUUAAGCUGAGCGCUGGUGAAUAAAUAGUAAUCUAUUUUUUCCUGAUUUCGGGGGUCAGUUUCGAGGUGAACUAAGGAUUUGAACCCCACGGAUUUGGGUCGUUUUUCCGCUUUAGCCGCUUUAAGAUAAACUGAAUCGCGACUCGCCUGGUUUUGUCCCAGAGAUGGUGGGGCACCUCCACCUACAAGCUAUGGAUGACAGCCUGAAGGGAAAGAACCGGGAGGGACUGCUCGACAGCCCGGACUCGGGACUCCCCCCCAGCCCGAGCCCGCCCUUCUGCUCCCUGUCGCCGGCUCUGGUCCCGGGCUGCUGCUCCGCGCCCGACCGGUCCCACCAGGACCAGGACCUCUACAGCCAGGACCCCUACACCCAGGAGCAUAAGGAGGGGAAACUGCUGCCCUACCUGCUGCUCAACAACCCCGGGCCCGACUCCAGGACCCGCAUGUACCCCGUGUUCUUCGGUGAAAGCAUCGAGGUCAACCCCAAACCCGAGCAGGAGAUCAAGUGCAACUCGGAGGUGAAGUACGACUCGGACCGGCACUACCGCGACCAGGUGUACUGCGCCGCCGUGCCGACGCCCACCAGCUACAGCGAGACCGUGGUGGCCGUGCAGAACUGCACGUGGAGGAACUACAAGUCCCAGGUGUACCUGGAGCCGCGCACCAAGCCCCUGCACUACAGCUCCACCACCAUCGUGUACCCCAAGCACGCCAAGAGCAUCUACCGCACCACGCUGAACUACAACGCCGCCGGCUCACGCCGCUGGUUCGUCUCCACCGUCCAGCUGGAGGCCGGCGAGGACACGAGCCCCUGCAUCAUCUACACGGAGGACCUUUAGAGGCAGAGAGGAACGGGGG